AUGGAUCGCCUCUCCCUCCUUCUGUCCUCCAUUCUGGUUUGUUUCUUCUGUCUUCAGCAGUGCGCCGCAGAGGAAGGUCCAGUGAUCAGGCAGGUGGUUUCCGAAUCCGGUGGCGCUCCGGUAGCGGAUGAGGCCCUGCUGAACGCUGAGGGGCAUUUCGCCGCCUUCCUGAAGACGUACGGCAAGGCGUACGCCACGCCGGAGGAGCACAGCUACCGCUUCUCCGUCUUCAGCGACAACCUUCGCCGGGCGCGGCGGCACCAGCUGCUGGACCCCUCUGCCGUCCACGGGGUCACCCCGUUCUCCGACCUCACGCAGGAGGAGUUCGAAAAGGGGUAUCUUGGUCUCCACCGGCGCCGCCCUGCACUGUUCUCUGUGGCGGCCUCCGGGAACGCGCACGAGGCUCCUAUCCUCCCCACGAUCGACCUCCCUGAGGAGUUCGACUGGAGGCAGCGCGGGGCCGUAACUCCCGUCAAGAACCAGGGUAUCUGUGGAUCGUGCUGGUCCUUUAGCGCGGCGGGAGCCCUGGAAGGGGCCAAUUUCGUGGCCACCGGCAACCUCGAGAGCCUCAGCGAACAACAGCUAGUUGAUUGUGACCACGAGUGUGAUCCAACGGAACCCCGCGCCUGUGACUCUGGUUGCAAUGGUGGACUCAUGACAACGGCUUUUGAGUAUUUAAUAAAAGCUGGUGGGCUACAGCGAGAGAUAGAUUAUCCUUACACGGGAACAGACCGUGGCACCUGCAAAUUCGACAAGAGCAAGAUUGCUGCCGCUGUAUCGAAUUUCAGUGUUGUAUCUGUGGAUGAAGAACAAAUAGCGGCCAACCUUGUGAAACAUGGACCUCUUGCGGUUGGUAUCAAUGCAAUCUUUAUGCAGACGUACAUUGGUGGCGUCUCGUGCCCUUACGUAUGCGGAAAACACUUGGACCACGGCGUGCUGCUCGUUGGGUAUGGUUCAGCUGGCUACUCACCCAUACGUUUGAAGGAGAAACCGUUCUGGAUUGUGAAGAACUCCUGGGGAGAAAGCUGGGGAGAGAAAGGCUACUACAGGAUCUGCAGGGGUCGCAAUGUGUGCGGGAUCGACUCCAUGGUCUCCACUGUGUCUGCGAUCCACUCUCAUUGA